AUGGAAACAAUACUAAAAGACGGUGUACUUCCUGAAUGUACAGAGGAAUGUGCCAUUUGCUUGGACAAAAUUCAAGGCAAGAAAUCGUUAAAGUGCUUUCACUCGUUUUGCUCGGAGUGUAUCGACUCGCUUUUCAAGUUUAAACCCGCUUGUCCGAUUUGCAACACCUACUUCGGGAAGUACACGGGAAACCAGCCGGAGGGUACGAUGACAGUGGACCGUAGCUGGCAGCGUCUGCCCGGUUACGAACACUGUGAAACUUUGGUCAUUCAAUAUAACUUCCCAGCAGGGAUACAAGGGGUGAGGCCAACAUUUAUAACUCAAUAUAGACACCCAAUGAGUGGGCUGUUUACAUACUGUCUAUUGCUUAUAAUAGCGUCCACCACACAAGAGGGCGCUGUUUGUGUAUGAUAAUUCCUCAUCACAGCACAGACACAAUACACAGGUUAUGUAAGGGAAGGUGGUCAACCAAACUGGUGUUUUAAUGGAAUAUACACCAGUUUGGCUGACCACCUUACCGUAAUACUUCUAAAUACAUUUUUUUCUCUUGUUUAGUAGGUCUAGUUUGUUGUAGAAAGACUUCUGAUCUGCAACAAAAAAAAGUGUAGCCUAUAUGAAACCAUGUUUUCCUAUAGACGCGAGGUAGUUUACGUCCACCAGUUGCCAUAGAAACAGUGUUAAAGCGACAAAUGCCAUAGUUAUUUGGUCAUUAAGAUAGGCUGAUCAAACUGAUGGUUGACAAAUGUGUUUUUUUUUUUAAUAUUUACAUAGAUGGCAGGCUGUCAAAUUCAUAUUACUAGAUAAAUGUUCUCUGGGGCAAAAACUGAUAAAAUAAUCAGUUUCAAUGAUGUCAAAUGUAGAAAAACCACUAAUUCUUACUCUUGACAUGGCAGAUUAAAAAAAUAUUUUAGUUGAUGCCAGUACAUUUUCCCCAGUCAAUAUGUUGAAUGAAUGCCUUAUCCUCCCCCUAUAGUGAACAGAUUUAUGCAGUGAAACAACAAUUUUGUAACCAGAUUUUGAACAUACUGUCAUGUAUGAGAAAGCAGUCCACAUUGCUACAGUGGCAAGAACAGCAUGGUGUUUUUGUAUGUGCAUAUGACUCAAAUAGAGCACAAAAAUCCAUGCCAUCGAUGCAUUUUCAGGGUUUGCUGGGAAAAGUGGGUUAAAAUGAAUCUAUCUUCAAGGUGAAUGCGCUCAAAACAAGGAAGAUGCCAGAAUAUAACAUUUUCUACAGGUCACAAUAUGAGGUGAAGAAAUGUGUGGGUAGGAGAGGGACAGCGGGAGAGAGGUUAUAUUUUUGGAUGUUGUGUAACACCGAAGGCGUCUUAAAUCUUCUGAUGUGUCUCUUGUAUGUGGGAAUGCUUUUCUUGGCAUCAGGAGGAUUUCAGAAAGAGAAACUCUGUCAGCUGUAGCUGAAAUCUGCCUCCUUGCAGCAGAGUUAGCCUUUUCUCACCAAAUGCCAUUGUGAGGACAAAUCCAAAAAUCUAUCCUAAUGUUAUAUUUCAGAGUAUUUGCCACAUCCUCAUCAAGAAUAUGGAUAUCAUCUCAUAAUAUAAAUCAUCUCGGUGUGAAAACCUGUACUCUGUAAGGGAGAAUUUUAAGUGGAUGUAACAAUUCUCUCAAAUGGAAACAAUAAUAUAUCAGUGUAUGUUGCAUUAAAGCCUGUGUUUAUAAUAUUACAGCCCGAGCACCCAAACCCUGGGGUGAGGUACAGCACAACCUCUCGUACGGCCUUUUUGCCAGCCUGUGAGGAGGGUGAAAAAGUCCUUAGGCUGCUGAGGAAGGCCUUCGACAGGAGACUCAUCUUCACAGUUGGAAGAUCAGUCACCACAGGCCUAAACAAUGUCAUCACCUGGAAUGACAUUCACCACAAGACCAACAUACAAGGUGGCCCACAAUGGUAAGCAUGUUAUUCACAGACAAAUGUUUAAAAAAAACACCAUGAAAUUAUAUUGAAAGCAUCAUUUCAAUCUACAGGGGAUCUCUACUUUAAAUUAUUUAGCAGUUUUCCACCUUUUAUAUUUUCUGGUGGGAUAAUCAAACUCUUUUACAUUUGGUGCUGCAAAGGUUUUUCAAAUCUUAUUUUUCCUGGUAAUUACACAACACAAAUUAUCUCAAGUUUCAGUUUUUGUGCACUCACUAAAUUGUCUGCUUGUCUAUCUUUUUUAUAAUUUCAGUUUUGGAUAUCCAGAUCCAGAUUAUUUAUCUAGGGUUCAAGAGGAGCUUCGUCUUAAAGGAGUGACAGAGGAUGACUGA